GCUCUGAAGCUGCAUGUGUCUCGGCGGUCAGUCAGAGUCUCAAUCGGUCGGCGUGGGUGCUGCUGCAGCUUUAACCGCAGCGGCCGCGAAGUCUGUGAACGGGGUCGAGCCUUCAGGACGUUACAUUUAAACGAGUGGGUACAUAUACAUUCCUGGAAUGAAAGUCUACACUAGAAUUUCUUCCAAUCCAUCAAACUGCUUUAAUAGGAAGGGAAAAAUUCUAUGACAAACAGGAUCCAAGCCCAAUCAACUGCCUCACAUGCAUUUGUGGACCCGCCCAUUAUCCAGACUGUCUCCAUUAAAGCUGCUGACGCCAGACAUGGUAACAUAGUGGGGUUGGAUAUGGAGGAGAAACUGCAAAGCUCACUUUUCUCCUUUGCUCUGAAUGGUUUUAUACACAGACAAAGACUACAAACUUAAAGCGAAGGAGUGAAUGUAAAUGCACUGAGAUUGGACUCCACUCUGCCUUUUUAAUCUUAAGAACUGCCUGAUCUCCCUUGUUUGUUUAUUUGCUUGCAUCUGGGCGGAGGUGGGGGGGUCAUCCCCAUGAUGCUGUGUGUGGCCCGCGUGCGACGUCUCCUUCGUCAGCUCACUCUCCAGACCAGCCUCUUCCUGCUCUUCCUCCUGUGCAUGCUCAGCGUCUUUGUCUCCGCCUAUUUCCUGUACACUGUCAAGCGUGAGCUCGAACCUUCCGCCGGAGGUGGGCCAGGGAACUGUGAUGAUGAUUAUGUCAUCCCAUCCAGGAUCCUCCCAUUUCGAGAGGAAGUGGGCGGAGCACCGGCAGCGGACGGAACCAGAACGGAACCGGUGGUUCUGGUGUUUGUGGAGAGCCAGUACUCCCAGCUCGGCCAGGAGAUUGUGGCGGUUCUGGAGUCGGCCCGAUUCCGCUAUCAGACGGAGAUUUCUCCUGGUAAGGGAGACAUGCCCACAUUGACAGAUCGGGACCGAGGACGCUUUGCUCUGGUCGUGUACGAGAACAUCCUGAAGUAUGUGAACAUGGACGCCUGGAACAGAGAGCUGCUGGAUAAAUACUGUGUGGAGUACGGAGUGGGAAUCAUCGGAUUCUUUAAGGCAAAUGAGAACAGUCUGCUCAGUGCUCAGCUGAAAGGUUUCCCGCUGUUCCUGCACUCUAACCUGGGUCUGAAGGACUGCACAGUGAACCCCAAGUCACCUUUACUGCACAUCACUCGCGGCCAGGAGGUGGUGAGAGGUCCCCUGCCUGGUGAUGACUGGACAGUCUUCCAGUCUAAUCACUCCACGUAUGAGCCUGUACUGCUGGCUAAGACCCAGUCAGCAGAGAGCGUGGGGCUGCGUGCUGUUCUUCACACCUCUGUGGUGCAGGACCUGGGUCUCCAUGACGGUAUCCAACGCGUCCUCUUCGGCCAUAACCUGGCCUUCUGGCUUCACAAGCUGGUGUUUGUGGAUGCUGUGGCCUUCCUAACAGCCAAGAGGCUAUCCUUGUCCCUGGACAGAUACGUGCUGGUGGACAUCGACGACAUCUUUGUGGGAAAAGAGGGCACACGGAUGAAGGUGUCUGAUGUGAAGGCGUUGUUGGAGACGCAGAACGAGCUGCGGACGUCGAUCCCAAACUUCACUUUUAACCUCGGAUUCUCAGGGAAGUUCUACCACGCAGGUACUGAUGAGGAGGAUCUGGGUGAUGACCUGUUGUUGUCUUAUGUUAAUGAGUUCUGGUGGUUUCCACACAUGUGGAGUCACAUGCAGCCACACCGCUUUCAUAACCAGAGCGUGUUAGCAGAGCAGAUGCUUCUCAACAGACACUUUGCUGAGGAACACUCUAUCCCGACUAACCUGGGUUAUGCAGUGGCACCUCACCACUCUGGUGUAUAUCCUGUGCAUGAGCAGCUGUAUGACGCGUGGAAGAAAGUGUGGGGAAUCAGAGUGACCAGCACAGAGGAGUACCCUCACCUCAAACCGGCCCGCUACCGCCGCGGCUUCAUCCACAGCGGCAUCAGCGUGCUGCCCAGGCAAACAUGUGGUCUUUUCACUCACACUAUCUUCUACAAGGAUUACCCUGGAGGCCCUCAGGAGCUGGACAAGCUCAUCGACGGAGGGGAGCUCUUCCUCACUGUACUUCUCAACCCAAUCAGCAUCUUUAUGACUCACAUGUCUAAUUACGGAAAUGACCGUUUGGGGCUGUACACUUUUAAGAAGCUGCUGCAUUUCGUGCAGACAUGGACUCACCUAAGGCUGCAGACGCUGCCCCCACUCCAGCUCGCUCACAAAUACUUCAGUCUCUUCCCCUCUGACAGAGAGCCAGUCUGGCAGAACCCCUGUGAGGAUAAGCGACACAAGGAUAUCUGGUCUAAGGAGAAAACGUGUGAUCGCUUCCCCAAGCUGCUUGUAAUUGGGCCACAGAAAACAGGGACAACAGCCCUGUAUCUAUUCCUGGGCAUGCACCCUGACCUCAUCAGCAACUACCCCAGCAAAGAGACAUUUGAGGAGAUUCAGUUUUUCAACGGGCACAACUACCACCGGGGAAUAGACUGGUAUAUGGAGUAUUUCCCUCUCCCCUCCAACACCAGCUCAGAUUACUACUUUGAGAAGAGUGCUAGCUACUUUGACUCUGAAGUAGCAGCAGCCAGAGCAGCAGCCCUGCUCCCGAAAGCUAAAAUCGUCACAGUCCUCAUCAACCCUGCUGAGAGAGCCUACGCAUGGUACCAGCACCAGAGAGCUCAUGAUGACCCAGUGGCUCUGAAAUACUCUUUCCAUGACGUCAUCACCGCAUCCCACAGUUCUCCUGUGAAGCUGCGUAUCCUACAGAGCCGAUGUCUGGCGCCGGGUUGGUACGCGGUCCACCUGGAACGAUGGCUCACACACUACCACUCUAGUCAGAUCAUGGUUGUGGAUGGGCAGAUGCUGAAAACUGAACCAGCAUCAGUCAUGGAUAAGGUGCAGAAGUUUCUGGGACUUGUGAACGCCAUCAACUAUCACAAGAUCCUGGCGUUUGAUCCUAAAAAAGGUUUUUGGUGUCAGCUCCUGGAGGGAGGGAAGACGAAGUGUCUGAGGAAGAGCAAAGGAAAGAGAUACUCAGAUAUGGACUCAGAGUCGCAGGUCUUUCUGAGAGAGUACUACAGGGAUCAUAACAUUGAGCUGUCCAAGCUUUUGUAUAGGAUGGGACAGCCUCUGCCCAGUUGGCUCAAAGAUGAGCUCCUCAAUAGCAGGUAGCACUGAACCUCGUACCUCCCCGUGUCUGACACUGGUACAGUCAUCAGCACCACUCAUCUGCCUCAAGUGGAAUAAACCAUUCAUGUCAUUAGGGGUCAGGAAUUCCAUUGAAAUGAAAUGGAAGCUUGCCUUCUUGAAUUGACUCUUGGAAUGUGACGUGGUAAUUGACUAAAGGAAAUAAACAGCCUCCCCCAUGGGGUAGAAAGGUACAUGACCCAUUUGGGCAAAAAGUGGUAGAUCCUUCUGUUUCAUCCUAAUGGAUUGGAGUAUAUUGGGCUUGCUAUGGUGUCUAGCAUUGACAUUUCGCAUGUCAUCUUGAUGAGACGAAGAUAAGGAUGCAACGGAUUCCUUCACUACGUUGAUUGCGGAUGGGAAAGAAAUGUCCAAGAACAUGAACUUUUUUUUAUGAGCUAUUGAGUUGAAGGAUAUAUACAUUGGCCAUGAGGAGAUGGAUGAACUGCUGUUUAAUCAUCUCUGGUCUUUUGGGUUUAAUAUGAACAGAUGAGGCCAGAUGAGCAUAAGUGUGUUAGUUUUAAAAGUGCCAGUCAUAGAAGGACACACUGAGGUUUUUGUAGGAUGUAACUGUGUUGUGUUCUUUAUCAAAUGAACCGGUUACACAGCCCUUACUCAGCAUGGUACUCAGGCAGUGAAGUUGCCGUCAACACUAAAAAUGAAUGUAUCAUAAUGUAAUACAAAGCCUGCCAGUUACUGAUUUUAUAAGUAUUUAUGAGCUAGUAUUUCCUCCCACCUAAUUCCGUCCAUCCUUGCUACAGUGGAGUAACCUGAUCACCCAGUACUGUCUUCUGAUCUGAGUGUUUGAGUUGAGUGGUCAACAUCUACAAUUUUCUUUAAGGCAGCGUCCUGUUCUUGUGUGAUGGUUCUGAGAAUGGAGCCCAGUAGGGGUAAAAUUGCAUCACGAUGUAGUAAUGUGUUUUUACACCAGGGCAGGCAUUAAAUGUGAGAGACUUUCAUUUCUCUACCCAGCACAAAUGUCAGCGUGCUGGGACUGCCAUCCUCAGAGCCUUUCAUCCACUAACACUACAAGACUGCAGGUGUGGUAGAUAUUGGCCUAGGCCGACGUAGGAUACAUAGGAUAUGCCUUCCUGUAUUAACCCAUAAUUCUCAUUACUUGUGCACUGUGAUAAGCAAAAAUCUUCAUUCAGAGAAAAAGGAAAACAAGUUUUCAAAUGGUACUGAUAGUGUGGGAAUGUGGUAUUUGUUUACUCUACAGACUUCUGUCAGUUUUAAAUAGUUUUACAGUGAAAUAAAUUAAUUUUAAGUGCCAUAACUACAGCUUCAGAUCCUGGUUGAAUGUGGAGGUUUGGGGAGACAUAUUUUUAAUUUUUAUCUGUACUUUGUUUUAUAUCAUUUUUAACUUUUUGUUGAUUGUAUUUUUUUUUUUCACAUACAGGUAUAAAACUUGCUGAUUAUCAUGGUUGGGGGAAAAAAUGGCAUCAGACAGAUGGAUGCAUACUGCCAAAUGAGCUUGAACAUAUUUGUUUAAGACAUGCAACACUACAACUUCCCUCCUUUUUCCCAUUAGAAGAAAUAACUCUGUAUAUUUUCAAAAUAGAAGCUUUAUAACUCAACGUUAAUGUACAUAAAUUUUUUAUGUUUCUGCAAAAUUAAGUCUUUCGAGAUAUAAACAAAGUUAUUCAGAGUGGUUUGAUGUGAAAUGCGCCAGUCUGUAGAAACUAACCAAUCGUGAUUUCUUUACAGUGGUGGUGAUAGGAACCAGGGGGCGCAAUGUCUACAUCGCAAAUAUAUCAUUUUAUUUCAUACACAAAAUAACACAUUCUGAGUUUUUGUAUGUAAUGUUGAUGAUGGUAACAUAGUGGUAAAUCUGUAUAAAUAAGUUUUCUUUGGGGACUAUUUUGACGUUCAGUGGCCUGCAUGUACCUAUCCACCAUGAAUGGAUAAGGUCACAACCUUUGGCUCAAAACUAUCAUAAAGCAAUACAUCAGGCAGUGUAUUUAUAGGCAUUUCAUGUAAUAACUUUCUGUGGAGGAAGCUUUUAGAGGCAUUAAACUCUUCAGACAUCUGGUUCCCAUCACUUCCUCUGUAAACAGUUCUGACUCAGUAAGUUUCUCUAGAGUGGUACGUUUCACAUCAAAUAACUCUGACUCUGUUUACGUCUUAACGAUUUAAUCAUGCAAACAUUUUAAAUUCCCCUCAAUGCAAUAAGAUUUAAUGUAAUAAAUAUCCCAAUAAGUAAUUGGGAAACAAAUGGAGAAAUGGAAGGUUUUUAUAUAACAGCAACAUAAAAUAAGAAUGUGCUGCUUUUUCUGGAGCAGAUGCUUCUAACUAAAGACAAAUCACUCCUUUGGCAUCAAUUAGAAGGCAACCCUCUAAUGCAGUGGAGGGCUUCUGUGAGCCUCAGUAUGAAAUACUGUAAACGUUUUAAAUGGCUCUUUGUUUUCUCUGUGAUCCUGUUUUGCAGCUCUCAUCCAUGAGCAGUGGAAUUAAGAAUGUCCUCAUUUUACUCUGAGUUUCCAGAAUGAGUCUGGUUUUAAUUGGAUACUAAAGUUGGCACAUUAGAAAAUGGUAAUCUUUAAAAUGUUCAUUUUUGGUGUAUAAUUGCAUGAGUGUUGGAUUUAAAGUUUCUCAUACGAUUUGCCUUCUUUAGUCUAGUCAGGGAAUAUCUACAAUGUGUUUCCCCCUCUGUGCCUGUUUUUAUUAUUUACCCAAUUCAUGCCUGUUUUAUUCUGGAUAACAGAUCAACAAUACUUAUGAGAUAAAACCAUUGUAAAUGUUAGUGGGGCUGUAUAAGGACACUUUACUCCCCUGCUAUAUUCUUUGUGUUAUUAUGCUUUUGGGAAACAGAUGUUGCAUAUGAAUGACCAAUCGUCAAUGGUCAAGAAAGCACAACUUUUUACAGUGUAAAUAUGAAUCUAAUAAUCUAUAAGGUUUCAUGGUUGAAUGAGGAGAGUGGAAAUUAUUGGAUAUGGAAUGUUAACACCUAACCCACAUGAUCUUUCAGGUUAAGAGUGACUAAAUUGCAGGCUUAGAUGAUAAUAUAAUGUUUCCUUUUUGUUUUAAUAUUUGCCUGUUUUUAUUUUUUUAUUUGUAUUUAUUUUUAAAUUUUUUUGUUUUACAUAUUUUCCUCAGUCUGAUAUCAUUUUGAAUACUGUUAAGUGCAUCUGAACUUUAAAAGCCUGGGCACUGAGGCCUGGCUGUGGUGCCACUACAGCUGCAGUUUAACAGAGAGUGUAAUAAAUAGGGUGCAAUAAUCACUA